UAGCAUGCACCUGCUUCACUCCUACAUCCUCAAAGCCCGGAAUAGUUUCUGCCCUAUUCACCGUCCGAUCUAGGGCGUACACGAUUUGCCUCAAUAUAUGUUCCCUGGCCAUGUACAUCUUCCUUCUUCAGUUGCUUCAGCCCCAAAACCAGCUAAUCGAGAGCUACCCACAUUGUGAAAAUGGUGCAGCGGCUGGUCUAUCGGUCAAGGCAUAGCUAUGCCACUAAGUCUAAUCAGAAUCGGGUCGUCAAAACCCCUGGUGGGAAGCUUGUGUACCAGAACACAAAGAAGAGGGCCAGUGGUCCUAAAUGCCCUGUAACCGGAAAGAGAAUCCAAGGGAUUCCUCACUUGAGACCUGCUGAAUACAAGAGGUCAAGAUUGCCUAGGUGCCGUAGGACUGUGAACCGUGCCUAUGGUGGAGUGCUUUCUGGCAGUGCUGUUCGUGAAAGGAUCAUCAGAGCCUUUUUGGUUGAAGAACAAAAGAUUGUGAAAAAGGUUUUGAAGAUUCAGAAAGCCAAGGAAAAGCAAGCUUCUAAAGCAUAAGUUGUGGGUUAGUUUGUGCAAGAUAUGAUAAGCUUCUAGAUUGAUUUUGGAUUAUAUCUUAGCAUUAAUUAAUGAGAGGAUUAAUGAACUGUACGUUCUCAAGUUUUUGUUUCUGGAGAUAUUCAAAUUUGUAUUUUCUUUAUCUUUUGUUGAAUGUUUAUCGCACACUUU